AUGCACUACACAUACAUCUCCCUGGCGUUCUUCGCCGUCGGCGCCAUCGCCGCUCCAGCUGCCCGUCGCUCGAACUCCGAUGCUUUCGGCGACAUGAGCGACAUGACCUCUGGCUUCCCCUUCGGUCCAUCCGGCUCUUCUACCGUCACGGAUGAAGACAAAGACGAUGGAUUUGGCGACUUCGGCAAUGGCAUCUCCAGUGCUAUGGAUGCCUACCAGCAGGCCGAGAGUGCCAAGAUGUCCGCCCAAAACCCAAGCACUCCUAGCCCUACCCACGCCGUGCAGGAGGCUCCCAGCGAGCCCAAAGCCGAUAUGCUCGAGGCCGCCCCCAAGCCCGAGACUCACAAGCACAAGAUUCCCGAGCCUCCCUCUAAGCCACUGGUGCCUGCUGUCCCAGCUAUUCCUGCUGUUAACGCCGAGCCCAGCCACAUUACGCCUACUCACUCUGCUAAGGCCGAGUCUACACACGCUGUCAUGGCCGAGCCUACCAGCGCCAUGAAGGCUGAGCCUACCAGCGCUAUGAAGGCUGAGCCUACUAGCGCCAUCAAGGCCGAGCCCACCCACUCUGUCCAGAACUUCCAAGCUGCCAUGCAAUCCAAGCCCCCGGCUCCUGUUGUUUCCGAAGCCCCCAUCGUCUCCAAGGCCUCCAUGAUGCCCAUGGCUUCUCAAGCCAUGGCUACUCCUACCCACUCUCUCAUCCACGCUCCCUCCAAGAGCAGCUCCGUCGCCGCCUCUUCCAGUGCUACUCCCUCUCCCAGCGCCUCUGCUGCUGCUGGUCCCGUUGGCAACCUUGUUGGUGGCCUUCCUCUUGUUGGACCUCUCGUUAAGGGACCCCUUGCUGGACUUGGCCUCCGUCGUUAA